UCACAAUAAUGUUUGCCGCCAGUGUUUUUUGUUUGUUUGUCACUACUAUCAGCAACCGAUUCGCACGUUUUCCAAGCAACGCAUUUUAUUGUUGCCAUUCUCUCAAUCAAAUGUGUAUACAACAGCGACUCUGAACCGUUUAAGGAAUCCGCAGCUCUCACCAUCUGAAAUAUGUGGAUGACAGUCAGUAGUACCGAAACAGUCGAAUUAACAUUGUACAAAACGCUGACGAUCUGGGCAUUCUAUUGAUUUCAUUCUCACAGCACCAUUAUUAUAGUAUAUUUUUUUUGUUCGGUAUGUCUUCCAGUAGUAUGAAUAGUUGUAACGAUAGCCGUAUGGAUAGUUGUAAUGAUAGCCGUAUGGAUAGUUGUAUAGAUAGUAAAAAAAUGAUAGUUUGUAAAAAAUCUCCAAGCGAAUUUGGUGAUGAGGAUUCCCGUAAUAUUUCACCUGAAGAUACCACUGAUCAAGAUUCAAAAGAAAACUUUGAUUUAUUCGCUUACAGUAUUUGGAAAUGUAUGAAAAGAAUAAAUUCAAACUUGAACUUUUUAGCACAAAAAUUUAAUGAUGUAGAAUCUGAAAUAGUGCCAUCAUCAACAUUGGACUAUGACCAUUUUUUAUUAAUGUUUCCAUUAAAAGAAUUAAAAGAUGUCAUUGAACUUGAAUCAAGGCUAGCAGAUGAUAGUUCAGAUUUUACUCAAAAGUUUGUUUCAUACAUCACUCCUGUAGAUGCUGGCCAUACUAUGCAAUUAAAAAACUUUGUUAGAACAAUGUUACGUACAUUGUUUACGUAUUGUUUAGCAGGCAAAUUUUCUUGGCGUGGAUUUCGAGGAAAUUUUCAAAUUGAACAUUUAAAAACCAUCAAACUUAUUUUUGAUAUAUCAAAAAAAAAAUUCAAAAAUGCUGCAAAGCCAACUGUUGAUUUGUACAUCAAGGAAUGGAUCAGAUAUGCUAAACAGCGCCGUCAUCAAUUAAAAAAAAUUAAUGAUUUCUAAACUUGUACAACUAAAUACUAUUUUAUUAUUUUUAAGUUAUAUAUAUUUUUCUAAAUAUUUGGCAUAUAAAUUAAUUUUAGGAAUUACGAUAAGUUUUAAAUUAAAUUUUUGGAUUAAUUUACUAAUGCUGUCAUUAGUGUUGGUACAUCAAAACUAUCAUUAUGUGUCUGCAACAGGCUUUGUUUGCUUCCAUAUAUUAGGUAACUUUAAUUUUUGUUAAUUAUUUAUUAAAAAAAUAUGUAUAGACACUUAAGACAUAACAUGUACCUCUAUUUAUUUAAAACAUGUUUUAAUGAACCUUUAGUAUGAAAAACUGCCUGCUAAGAAAUAUAAGUUGUCUUGUAAUAAAACCGUUUCUAAGCUAAAAUUAUUGACUCAUCUCUUAUUUUAUUAACUUAAUUUUAUUGAAAAAGAAUAUAAUAUAUUAAUUCAUUAUGUAUGUGUGCUAAUGAAGUAGUGAUUAUUACUAUUAAAAUGUAUUUUAAUAAAUAAUGUAUCCAGCGAUAGAACAAGCUAAGUAACAAAAAUAUAGCGGUGGCACGACAAUGUAUCUCAAAGCAGGAGUUUCCCAAGAAAAAUUGAAACAAAAAUGAUUGAUGUAAAAAAUUGGUGAUAUCACAACAAAACACUUCAUCAAACUACAUGUAAAAAACAUAUCUUUACGCACUAUAAAGAUGUAAUAUCAUAAAUGAAUGCUAAGUAAAUAAAAUUAAAAUACACUUAUUUUGUUUCAAAAAUGUAUUUACUUGGUGGUGAGAAAUUAUUUUGAGUAUAAAUGUCCAUUAAAAUAUUUUAAAUUAAGAUGAACUUCUAAUGCUUUUUGUAUAUUUUGCUUGUGUUAUUUUGUUUGCCACAUUGCAUGAAAUAUAUAAUUUCUCGCCAGGUAAAUUAAUUAUUGAAACAAAAUAAAAAUAUGUGUAUUUUAAUUCAAUUUAUUUAGUAUUUAUUUAUGAUAUCACAUCUGUAUAGUGCUUACAGAUCCGUUUUUUUUUUUACUUUCCUAUUUUAAACAUAGUUUGACCAAGUGUUCCUUUUUUGUGAUAAUAUACAAUAUUGUACACAAAUUACUUAUGAUUGUAGUACCCUCUUAAGUCUGCUUUAAUAUUGUGAAUAUUUUUUUUAUGAUUAUUAAGGACCGGUUUUUAUUCAAAUCCAUGUAUUCUUCAACAAUUCACAUAGAAUUAUUUUGAUUCAAAAUGCUCAAAUCUUAUAUUGUGUAGAUUGGUUACAUUUUAUUUUUGCAUAUUCGAGUAUUAAUGACUGUAAAUUACAUAUUUCUAUAAAAUAAUUUGAAUAAAAUUUACAUUUUUUAUAAAAA